AUGGCCGUUCACCUAGGACACGCUUUCCUGUGUGGGAAGAAAGAUGGUGAGGAGGGGAAGGCCGCCCUUCCCCUCCAACAAGGAACCCGCUGGGGCCGGCAGGCCGUGCCCCAGCGUCUUCCCGCGUCCGACCCGACACCGCCCCCGGCCCACCGCGCGCUAGGACGGCGCCGCGCACCCUCGGCCGCCGGGCUUCAUCCCCGUCCUCGUCCCUCGUCCCUCGUGCGCGCUGCGCCGCCGAAACUCCCGCUCUGUGCCGGGGACCGAUCCCUGCACUGCGCCCCGCCGUCGGGCUCCGGGGCGCCGGGGGGCCCGGGCGGCGAGUGCCCCUCUCCGCGCGCCCCGCCCCGGACGCGCCGCCCGGGCCACCCACCUGGUGGGGCCGAGCCGUCCGGCGGCGGGGCCGGCGCUGCGGCCCGCGGUUCCCGCUCCCGGCCCGGGCUGCUGGCGGCGGCGCGGCUGUUACUACAGGAAGGAGCCGAGAGCAGCGAUUUCCUCCUCAAAGGUCAGCUGCCUCCGACAGGCCAUACACAGCGCGCGAGCUCUCGCCGACACCCUCCCGCCUCCGCCCUCGGUCGCGGGCUCCCGGGCGAGUGCGCGGCGGCGGCGGCGGCGGCGGGCGGGGUGUGCCCGGACGGCGGGGUCCCCCGGGAGUCCCGGCCAGCCCUCGCCUGCGGCUCCGCGGGAGCGUCCCGGGAACGUGGCGGGCAGCAGGCGCAGGAGUACCCACGGGAUGGGGCAAGCCAGCAAGAUACUGGCCGGAGUGGCACUCUGCUCUCUUCUCUGUAUCAGCCCCGCCUUCCCCGGAUAGUGCAACAUGGCCCCAGGACUCUGGAUGGAGAGGGUGGAGAGGUGACCCUGUCCGGGGAGGCAGGGGGAUCGUCGGGCUUUCCUGAGAGCCAACCCUUUUGCUCUGGCUGGAAGGGAGCCCAGACAGGUGCACCCUGGAACAGUGGCGGGAUCCAGUCUGCCCGGGCGCAUGUAAACUGCUGUGCCCAUCUAGGCUUUCUGCCCGCUCGCUUCUCGGGUGGAGGGAGAGGACCCGGCACGCAGGCCUCGGGCUCGGGGGAGGGAGGUGGGCGGGCCGCGGAGGGGGGCCAAUCAACACGACCACAACGGCCGGCCCGAGCCCUGCUAGUGGUGGUCGGUGCCACCCAAACAAAGCAGCAUGCUCGCGGCCCCGGGGGCCUCGGGGAGCCGAGUUGGGAAGACACCCACCUCCGCCAAGAGGGGUUGCGCGCGGCGUCGGCCCCGCCGAGCGUGCCGCCACCUCGGGUGCGACCAGGGGGCUCCGGCUCCGUCCAGACGGACGGUGGGGGGGGUGCGAGGCACCACCGGGCUCGCGAGCGCGCGCCGGGCGGAACCAGGAAGCGGCGCGCGUCCCCGGGCCUCCGCGCGCGAGCGGCGCGCGCGCCCCCGUGGGCCCGGGCGGGAGGAGAGUCCGCGGCCGGAGCCGUCACCCCAGGCGGGGACCGAGCGCAGGCGACUACGCGCGGCGGCCCGGCCAAGGGAGCGAGCGAGCGAGCGAGCGGACAGGCGAGCGACAGAGAGAGCCGGGCCGGAGCAGCCGCUGGCGCCCGAGGGGCCGAGCGAGGUAGGAGCUGCGGGGCAGCCCGGGGCCCGGGGCAGGGGGAGCGAGGCUGGGGAGACCGCCCGGGCGGGGCCCAGCGCUCCGGCCGCCAGACGCCCGGCAGGGCCGCGCCGCCGCCAUCGCUCCCGGGCCGUGAGGCGGCCUCGGUGGCGGAGAAGGGAGUCGGGGCGGGCUGCACAGGGGCCUGGGGGCGACGUUGGGGCGCGCGAGGAGGUCGUGCGGCGGCUGUGGCGGGGCGGAGGGCGUACAGUGCAGAGACUGUGCGCGCGCGCGUGUGA